CACAUAACAUUGACUUUAAAAGGAACAUGAAAUGAAGCUUACUAGAUUAUGGGUCAAUAAAUGUGGUCAACACAUGUCUCUCACUCAUUUCCUCUCGGUUCCGUUGUUGUAACCUACGAGGUAACCCCGGCCUAGCGAGGACGCUCAGUGGAAACGUAGCAAAACAGAUGCGUUUUAAAACGGAAAUGUACUAGUGUGGACAUGGCCUCCUUUUCACGCUGUUCGAGUCCAAGUUGAGGCAGUCUGAAUGCCAGGAAAGGAAAUCUGGAGCUUUUGAGAAUAAACCAUUGUUUUCUCUGUGUGCCUUGCCGAAAGCCGCAUAUGGCUCAUUUCAUGGCUGUUGGAGAGCCUGAUUGACGGUCUGAAGAGCAGCGAGGCUGAUGUGACUCAUGUGCAGUGCUUGGCAAUGCAAAAGGCAAGUCCUCGUCCAGGUCACACGAGGUAGAAUUAAAUGGAAGAGGAGAUGGAAGAAGAAAGAUUAGAUAUAGAGUGCCCAGCUGCUCUUUUAAAGGUUGUUUACCUAGAAACCCUUAGAAUACAUGCUGCUAGCGUGUAAGCCAGAAUGGUGACACAGUAUGUAGCUGAUGUCUUCCUAUCUGGUAUCUGGUGUCAUGGGAGCUGACAUUUCAUUGUAAUCAUUGCAAUAACCACCUCUGGGAGAACUCCUCAAAUAUGAAACUAUCGACACUUGUCACCCCCAAUUAGGGAGCAGUUUAUGUGGUUUUGCUCCCAUUCUCCUCCUCCUUCUCCUUGUCUCGUGUGCGGUCUAAGAGAUCCGUGGCCCCAGGGGGCCUGAAAGCUGUCUAGUAAUCUGAGACAGCAUUAAUACUGAAUAAGAUGGAGAGAGGCGUCGGCGCCGCAAAUUAAUUUCCACACACAGAGCGGGGUUUUCAAUUUGAAAGAAUAAUAAUAAUUGCGUCACAGUGGGAUUCUAGUAAGUGUGUUUGUGUGAAUGUGUUUGUGGUGCUGGUAGAGGUGGCAGGGAUUGUGGUUUGUGGCAGCUACAUCACCAUGGAGACAGUGCCACUAUAUCGUGUCGGGAGGACUUUGAUGCUGGAGUGAGGACAGCGUUGGCAGCAGAAAGGAGCAACAUGGCAACAACAAAGUCUGAGUGGACAGCCACUGGGCAGACGUCUGGCUUUAAGGGAACCUGGAAAUAUCUCCUCACCUCUCCUUCACUGUCUGUCACUGCUAACUUUCACAGUUGUGCUUUCACGUGGUUCUGCCCCUGAUCCACUGAACCACCAUUUCACAGUCCAUGUUCACAGCCAGAUUAUUGAGAAUGCCACUGCUGUGAAGGACAGGCGGCACAAGCCAAUUCAAACUGCUGCUGGACUGACUCCCCCCCCCCCUCCUCCUCAUCACUCCCUGAAGAGGAGAGUGUCCUUUGGGCGAGAAGAGAUGACUUGAUGUUUUGGGUUUAUCAGAAGCUGCAAAUAAUUUGGACAACGCUGGUCGCUGCGCAGGCUGUUUGUGCUGUAAAAAGACUGCAGCUCGCUGUGGUGUACGACAUGUCGAACAUGCUGUACUAACUGCAGUGAUUUUUCUCUCCCUCUCAACACUGUAAUAAUGAUAGUUUAUGUAUCUGACGCUGUUGGAUUUAUUCCACAUCGCACACAGUCGGCUUAAAGGACCAAUACCAGCAGUGUGUUUACAAAUGUUACCACGUAAUCCUUGAAGUAAUAGUUUGGCAUUUUGGGAUUACACUUGGAUGAUCAAUACCAAUCUCAUGAUUUUGUUGAUCAUUGAGCUAGCACAGGGAGGAUGUUAACUUAGCUUAGCAUAAAGCCUGGAAGCAGGGGGAAACCGCUAGCCUAAAUUACAAAAAAUAAAACAUUGCACGACUUGGCAGAGAAAGAGUUACAGCAAUCCAACAUUGUAACACAUAUAGUUGCAUUGUUUGCAAAAUGAGUGGCUGUGAUGUGUAGUAAAUAACAAGAUACAACAUGCAAAACCACUGGAAUGAUCCGUUAAAUUGUGAUGCAGUACAGAAGUCAUCUUUUGCAGAAACUGUCACCACAGCAACUCUUAAAAUAAUGUCCGUGAGGUUUGUUCCGCUGCUCUGCUUUCCCCUGGGCAUUCGCUCCAUUCUCCACUCUUCCACUAAUAUAUUAGAAAUCCUGCUGCUCAUCCCCGAUGUACUGUCCCAUGCCCGACAUCACACAGACGAGAGAGGCAGCAGAGUGAUGGAGGGAGCGACACCUGCAAAAUUCUCUUCAGGCCGGCUCCGUUCCCCCGCGGGGCCAAACAUUUGACAUUUAACUACCUUUAACUAACAUUUAACUAACUACAUAAACAGGCCACUGGAAGACCAUCGACAUUCAUUUUGUCUGGCACCGUUUUGUCUCUUUCCAGCUCUGCUCUGUGGUGGUUUGCUGCUUUUCUCUGUUGUAUUAAUCGUUGAAUUAAUAUAUUUAGGUUUUAGACUGUUAUGCUACACAUAACAAACUAUUUGAAGACAUCUUCUACUAGUUUUUCUUUUAAUUUGUCACCCGUCUGUUAAUCUGUCUGAUACCAAAAACUCCGUGAAGUUUCCUAAUGAAAUAGAGGUAUAAUCUUCUUCAUGUUGUUCAUUAUUUUACCCGUUGGAUGUCAGAACAAAAGGGCGUGGAUCAUAUGUGGUUUAUCACCUAAUAAUAGACUUUGUGAAGCCUACCAAACAAAUCACCCGCAAGCUCUCGGCUCCAUCUCCGCCCCACCACAGCAUUGAACCACCACUUCAUCCAUAAUAUUAAACACUGCCGACUGUGUGCGUGUGUGUGUGUGUGUGUGUGUGUGUGUGUGUGUGUGUGUGUGUGUGUGUGUGUGGUGUCACCAAUCUCAUCCGAACCCUGCUGAGUCCGGCUUGUUUACCUAUUCAUAAUUCAGCCAUGAGUGAUGGCACACACAAACCAAAGCUCUCCAUCCUGUGGUAAUUAAACGUCUGUUGGUGAGACAUUUUUCUAUUGGAAAGCAUUUUAAAAAAUACACACACAUACACACACACACACACACAUACUCUGAGAAGCUGCUGGUGGGCGUCCGGGCUAGCGCUGGUAAUUAGCGUGCUGAGUGGUUGCACUGAUUGCUUCAUUAUUUCUCCGAUAGGCAUCUGUGAGAGGUAUUUGAUGGAUGUUGCAUGUUUGAAAGUCCGCACUAAAGCUCCUUAUGUGAACAUCACUUGUCAAACUUUAAGUCUACCUAGCAACACUGUUAUUUACCACACACAGGUUUUGAAGUCACACCCUCGUCUACCCUGAGCCUCUUGCAUCAGACUUGCUCAAUACGACACCAAAGCUCAAUGCAAUUAACUGCCAUCGUGCAGUUACUCCACAUAAACACAUGAACGCUCUCAUACUUUGGUUGUAUGCUGCUGUUAGGAGUUGUUUCUAAAUGUAGCUACAUCACAGGACUUCAAAACGGAUUCAGUAUAAUUUGUUUGUUUUGCUCACAGCGGUUCAGCGCGACGCUGUGAGCAGGAGAGCAAUUAUCAACUGCAUGUCCCAGUUUCACAGACGAGGAUUAUUUUUGUAUGCGACCAAGAUAUCGACGGCUGUUUUCUCACUAAAGGUUUCAGUCAUUCAGUCAUAAUCAUUGUCUUUGGAACUGGGACUGUUUCCAAGAUGCUUGUGGAGGGCUUUCUAAGCUCCAAGAGAAAAAGCAAACGUGCAGCUCAGUGCUUUGAUUUCAGUGCCGAAACAAUUGAUUUAUUGUGUGUAAGAAAAUGAAAACACAACAAUUCGAUUUUCAUCGUGGCUUGUACUUAUAACAAGCUAACUUAGCUUAACUGAGAUGGUAAACAUGGUAAACAUUAUACGUUGGCAUCAUGUUAGCAUUAAGCUCAAAGCACCGUUGUACCUAACUCCAGCCACAAAUAGCCGCUGCCACAUUUAGCCCAUGGCUGUUAGUCUUAUUUCAAAGUAAUACGUAAGGCUUUUAGUAUUUCCAGCUCCUCAAAUGUGAACAUUUGCUGAUUUCAUUCCUCCGUAAAGUACGUCUCUUUGGAUUUUGGACAAAACAAGUAUUAGCAUGAUGCCACUUUUGUGAAAAUACUAGAUAGAUUAAUUAAAACUGUAAGUAAUCAUUAGUUGCAGCCAUAUUUAAAUCACUUUGUCAAUAUGUAGACAAAGGCCAAGAAGAAGUAUGCGAGUUUGUCAAUCAGGUUUUAAAAUGUUAAAUUCAUUUAAUUUGUGUGCUUUCAGAGAUAUUUCUUUUACUUCAAAGUCCUUGCACCUCAGAAAAUCUCAUAAACAACAAAACAUGUUGUCACUUAAUUGCUAAUAAAUUAUUUUUUGGUUCCUCCAGAGAUACUUCAUCACAGAUCGCUUUGCUUCUUUGUCAUUCCACUCAAUUGGUUUGCGAAAUUGUACAAAUUCGUCAUGAUUUGCUGCUUUUCUGAUAACAAUACUUGCACCACAGGGUUGCUGUUUGCACUGUGAUAUUAACCCAAGUGAUUCUCCUCUGUUACCUCCUCCACUGUUACUGGACUCCCGCUGGACUGGCCUCAGUAGGGUCUCACUUUAAAAUGUCAACGCUGUCAGGUCCCCACGCCGUCAUAUCUGCUGUCAUCUCCAGGUAACCAUUACAGUCAUUACAGCUGCGGCUGCCACCGCUCCCUUUCCAUCGAGUUUUACACUUCCAGCCCCAAAUCAAAUACCACUUCUCAAAUCAUUGCUCCCUCCUGUGGUGGCUUAAGAAGAAAGGUCACCCCUGUCCGGAUGGAAGACCCCCAGGCUCCAUCACUCUGAAACUGAGUCACCUCUGGAGUCUACCGGCAUUUCAUGCAUUGUUAUGUGUGUGUGUGUGUGUGUGUGUUGCAUCACAUGCAAUUUAGUCCUGGUGUAAUUGGCUUAUUAGGCAUUUAGUCUGUUUGGAGAAUUGAGCAACUGGGCCACUCAUCCAUGAGUAAAUUCUCCACUUUCAGGCCAAUUGUCCUUGUCAUGUUUUUGCUGGGUUCAUCUGCCUUCAUCCGUCAGCCUGAAUCACAUGGAGUAAUGGAUGCGAUGUGCGUGUGUCCGCACACAGCGAGCCAGACACACUCUCCGGACUAGCGGCUCUUGGAGUUAAUCCGUCUCACUAAUAGUGGGGGGUGGAGCAGAGAGAGGGAGAAGGAGGAGGAGAGAGGAGAACAAUACAACGUCUCUCCCUCCAUCUCCGGACACGUGGUCAUCGCCCGGCGGGAAAUCUCUGGACCUUGGAUGUUCUCUACGGAUGUUGCUCCUCUCAUUCACUCGUACCAGCUGACUCUCCAGCGGUCUCUGCUGCGCCGCUCAAGGAAACGAGAGAACCAUGAGCACUGUGGAGGAGGAACCGGAUCACAUGAUACCAUGAAGACAAGCCUGCAGGUCCUGCGCUGCCAGCUGCUGAGUGUUCUAGCAGUCCUAGCACUGCCAGUAGGACUGGUGUCAUCAGCACAGGAGCUGUACCUCAACCAGACAUCCCAGGACCCCGACUCCAUGGCAGCCGCCCACAGCAGCCCCCUUUCUGGCCCCGAACCUUCCCCUCUGGACUUCCAUCAGGAAGGCUCCAGUAGCGGGGAAUGGUCAUCCAAAGGAGGCACUCAACCCUCAAACAUCAUCCUCCCUACUGUCGCCCUCCACCCUUUGGCUCUGCCUCGCCCAGCCCAGACUUCCAGCCCGACUCAUGACGACCCUCCCAUCCACGACGCAAGCACUGUGAGCACUGACAGUCAUGUGAAUCGUCCCCUGGAGCCGAGCUUUGAUGUUGUAAGCCAAGGCCACAUGCACAAAUUGGUCAGGGUAACUCAAGUCCACAACCCAGUUACUGUCAGCACUAACCAGGCCAGCAGCAGCGUCCGUAAAUCUCCCAGCACAGCGGUCCCAUAUAUAGAUGUGGGAUCUACUGCCAGAGAAGCUCCGGCUCUAAUGUCCAGCUCUGAAUCAGACAGAGGAGAUACGCUUGCUUCUCAGCACGUCGAGCCUCAGAAGUUUAGUGUGGAGGAACCCACCGACCCCAGCCGGCAGCGUGUUCCAGAUCUCGAGCGCGCCUCCCUUUCGUCUCCAUCGAUGAUGAAUGCUGACCCUGCAGCAGGCCUGAAACUCAGGGAGCAUGCUCGGGGCGCCUCAGAGCUGUCCGCACACCACGCCAUCACCCUGAGGGAGGUGCAUUCGGCGAACGAGCCCCCCACUGAUAAAUUGGUGAUAGAGUCGAUAGACUCUGUGACUACAGUCGAGAGCCCACCUGAGAAGCUAGCUUCCACCGCGUCCACUCCAGCGCUGUCCACUGAGCCCGAACUCAAGACACCGAAUCCAACAAUCAUCCCAAACAACCACUCUGCACCCAACGAGACCACCACUGAGGAGGAUCGUGGUCUCGUUGUUCAAGGUAACGCCACGGACAAUGCCCCUCUCGGACACUGGUUGGGGAACGUGACCGCAUAUGGAGGGCUGCUCCCUAACAGCAGCUCAGUCGAGGAGGCGCCCGCUCAGGGGAACAGCUCGGAGCCCCCCUCCACCGCCAGCGGGAACUUCCUGAACAGGCAGGUGCCUGCCACCACCGAGGACCCUUGGACGCCCGGCAACAGCUCAGGCUCCACCGUUGACUCCCCGCUGUCCCGCAUGACCAUCUGCCUGAGCAGGAUGGACAUUGUGUGGAUCGUGCUGGCCAUCAGUGUGCCCGUGUCCUCGUGCUCUGUGCUCUUGACUGUGUGCUGCAUGAGGAGGAAGAAGAAGUCAUCAAGUCAGGAGAACAACCUCAGCUACUGGAACAACGCCAUCACCAUGGACUACUUCAGCCGGCACGCUGUGGAGCUGCCCAGAGAGAUACACACUCUGGAGAGUGAGGAUCACGACACCUGUCUACCCCCGAACGGAGACUACAGCGGCAGCAGCGUGGUCCUGGUUAACCCUUUCUGCCAGGAGACGCUCUUCAUCAACAGAGACAAAGCUUCUGCCAUCUAGAGACAGGAAAAGAGAGACACUGUCGGAUUCUCCUCUUCUACUCCCCCUGCUGUUGUUGUCUAUUUUAUAAAUGUGCUAAAUAUUCAGAGACUUUGACUUUAUACUGUACAUGACAAACACAAAGAGGCAACCUGAGAGAGGAGUGAUGUGAGCAGACACUCUUUAAGGAUGCACCCGCAUAUUUUUCUGAUGUACAUUUUCUACAAAAGGCUUAAUUGUGAUAAAAGGUUUUUAUUGUCUUUAUAAAAUGCAGAUUAUAUGUGGUUUUGUUUCAUUACAGUGGCUUGAUGGUGAGUGCACUGUGGAUGUUGCCACAUGAAAUUUGCUUUAGAGAGAGAAACGUGCUACGAAAACAUUAAAGCUGUUAUUUUGUCAUUUUAUUUUUCCUUUAAGAUCAAUCCCAAAAUACUUAUAGCCUGUUGAACUUGAAUAUAGCACCUACAUUUUUUGGGGGGGGAGGACAGUGAUACUGUACGUGAGAUCAGGGCCCAUAUCUAUCAAACUGAGAAACACAUUUAAGAAUGAUUUACAGAGCAAACUUGGGAGUAAAAAAGUGUAGGAGUAACCUUUAAGAUCAGCUCUCAAGUGAUCACAUGAAAGCUGGAAUACUGUGCAUCUGUCCCAUUUUUCAUUCUUUUCACUGGUUUUUUAUCUUUACAUUUGACUGUACACUUUAAUUGAAAUUAACAACAAAAUAGAUUUAUAGUAUGUAAGAAAUAAUAAAACAUUUUAUUUAUAGUAUGCAUUUGUAGAUAUACUAAAAAAAAACGUUUUAAUGCAUGGAAAGUGAUCGCAAGCAAAAUCAAUGCUGUGCAAUGUUAUUGUUGUUUGCACUCUUGACACCUCUGGAGUUCUUAUGAUAAAUAGCGUUUGUUCUUACGUUUGCAAGUAUAAGUGAAGGAUAAGUCGAAAAUUCAAUUUUAAGCAGGUUUAUGAAUAUGGGCCCAGAUUUGGAUGGUUGAUUUGGGCAGAUUAUUUGGGGGAUUUGGCGUCUGCAUUGAGCAGCUUUGAGAGAUGUCAGUCAAAUGACAAAAAGUGUCACCAGCUUCUCUUCAGAGGGACCACAUAGAUGUCUUAAUUCCUUACGUUAAGUACAAGUUAUAUAUAAAAAUAUAUAUAACAGUAUGUGCGUGCUUGAAGGCCCUGUUUGUGCAUGUAAGCACACUGUGAGUGUGGACGGAUGAGUUCAAAUGUGCCCCCCCUUAACUAAUUAUCACUGUUACUUUAAGUCAAACAAGACUUUGUAUCACUUUCAGCUCAGUUUAUAUCUGUUUCUCUGUGAGGUCUGUGCGUCCGUCUGUUUGUCUCUUGUCUGUGUCGUGGAGCGGCUACUGGUUUUAGCCCAGUUUAAGAAAGAGUUUCUCAGCGCUGUAGGAAACAAUUAGACCAACCUUGCUACUGUAAAUGUCUCCCUCCAUAAACAAUGUGAUGGUCCAUCAAUGCAAACUGUGUUUGUUGAAUGAUUGCGAAUUAGUUGCUGGACCACAUAUUAUGUGUUAGAGGCUGUCAAAAAUCUUGAUCAGUUGAAACACUGAGAUAAAUAAUGUAUGCUGAAUAUUUACUGUGAGCACAUACAGAGGCAGUUUAAUUACAAAAGAGUGAAUAUUUUUGUUUCAUUAUUGAACCUGUGGUCCUUCUAUCAUCUGUUUUUAUUUUGCAUUGCUGCAGUUGUAUUCAAUAAUCAAUGCUGCCUGCCUCUAACGUCGCUAAAGAUUUUCUGCAUUGUGAGAUGUUGUUCUGAAAUCACAGAUUCCAAAGGCGAUGUUGAAGAACACACCUAAACAUAUUGGUAUUUCUUGCAUUGGAUGCUCACAGCUGGGCUUCUUGUUUUGCACGCUCAAAAGUGGAUAUUUUACAAAAACGUUCAGUGGCACGAUAGGGCAGUGUUCAACAUUAUGUAUUUUUUUGUACUGUAGUAUACACUGUACUUUUUACUGCUGAGCAAUAAAACAAAGAAAAAACACUGA